AAUACCCAAGUCCCCGUGCAACACCUCUUCCCACCUUUCGCCUCCGGUGUUUUCAAGAACGACACAGUGAUAGACAAGACUAUCAUUCCCAUGCCGCCAACUAUGGAUAUUAGCGUCAUCAUUGUAGGAGGAGGGCCGGUUGGACUGACAGCAGCCCACGCAUUCUCCAAGCUCGGGAUCGACUUCACCCUUCUCGAGCGCCGCGACAUUAUCGCCGAAGAUGUCGGCGCCAGCAUCGUUCUAUGGCCGCACGGAAUACGCAUCAUGGCUCAACUCGGCUUGCUGGACCAGCUGUUGUCCAUUGGUACAGGAUUAAUGUCGGGUACAUUUCAAACCGUAAAUGGCAAAGCCUUUCUUCGGACAAGCUCUCCCCAACUGUGCAAGACCAACCAUGGAAUCUACCCCCAAUGCUUCGCCCGCGCGGAGCUCAUCUCCACUCUCUACAACACCCUCCCCCCCUCGGCCCGAUCCAGAAUCCACACCUCCAAAACCGUCACAUCCAUCUCUUCUGUUCCUGGCGGCGACAUCAAAGUCCUCUGCUCAGACGGCACCUCCUACACGGGAACCUUCACCCUCGGCGCAGACGGAAUCCACAGCGUAGUCCGCAAAACCAUCCUCUCCCUUUCCCCCCUCCCAUCACCCCGUCCCCGUUAAAAACGCGCUACUCCCUCCUCUGGUUCUCCCUCCCCCUCCUCCCCACCAUCCCGGCCAGCUCCGCCUUCGAAGUCCACUCCAAAAAUCUCUGCCUCCAAGUCCUCGCAAACGAGAAAUCCAACGUCCAAUUCUGCUUUCUCUACCAGCUCCUUCCCCCUGAUCACUCACCCUCCAAGAAAUUCACCCAGUCCGAUAUCGAAGCCAUCAUCUCCCGCCCUGAUGUAUCUUCCCUCCCGCUGGGGGGGUCCGGCCUAACAGUCAAGGACGCCUGGCCGUUAAAGUCAAAAUGCGGCAUCACACCGCUAGAAGAAGGCAUUCUCAAGCCGGAGUGGCAUUUCGGAAACCAGAUGGUUCUCGUCGGGGACGCGGCGCACAAAGUCACGCCGACGAUUGGGCAGGGGCUGAACAUGGGCUUGUUGGAUGUGGUUUCGCUCGUAAAUCAAGUGUCCGAGUUCGUGGGCUCUGCCGGGUCCAGCCGGGAGAAAGUUUUGGGGGGUUUGGAUGGGGCGUUUAGACGGUACCGAGCGGAGAGGCUUGAGAGCGUGGAGGAAGAUUACAAGAGGUCCGGGGUGGUAACGAGGCUGACCUGCUGGCGGGAUUGGCGGUUUAAACUGUUCGACAGGGUGGUGAUGCCGAUUCCGGGGGUCGAUGUCCUGCUUGUGAACAAGGUUAACUCGCCCAUCAUGGCGAGGGGCCUUGUGUUUAGGGGGAUAAGAGUGGAGAGGGAACCAUUUGAGGGGAGGGUCAAAUGGAAGGAAAAGAUGCCGCUUCUAGACGAAACAGCGCAUGAUGAGGGCCUCUUGGGCAAGCGGCAAUGGUAG